GAGUAGCCUAGCUGACAGCCCUCCCCUUUAUUCGCCUCUUCGCCCUGGCGGUGAUCAUUGGAUUUUGAGUGCCCUGGAGAACUCCACGAAGAGGGAAUGAAAUAGGACUUCAUACCAGGAUCAUGGCGGCGCCGCUCGGGCGGGAGACCUUACCUGAGCACUGGUCCUACGGUGUCUGCGGAGAUGGCAGGGUGUUUUUCAUUCACGAUGAAACGAACACGACUGCUUGGCUCCAUCCGAAAACGGGCGAACCUGUCAAUUCCGGACACAUGAUACGGUCAGAUUUACCUCGAGGAUGGGAAGAGGGUUUCACGGACGAAGGGGCCAUCUACUUCAUAAACCAUAACCAGAGGACCACGACGUUCCGGCACCCCGUGACGGGACAGGUGUCUCAGGAGAACGUUGGUUUUAUCCUCCAAGAAAUGCCCGGCGGCCGCAUGUCAAACCCCCAGCAAGCCGACUUGAGGCCCUCCAGCACCAUCAGCGAGGCUUCCACCGCCGUCACCACCUCCACCGUGGACACCACCUCAGGGUCAAAGGGAUCCAGGUCCAGUGGGAGGGUGCACAGUUUUGGGAAGCGAGAGCAGUCCAUCAAGAGGAACCCCAAUGUCCCCGUGGUGGUGAGAGGAUGGCUCUACAAACAGGACGGCUCUGGAAUGAGGCUUUGGAAGAGGAAGUGGUUUGUGCUGGCUGACUACUGUCUGUUCUACUAUAAAGACAGCAGGGAGGAGUCAGUCCUGGGUAGUAUUCCUCUGCCCAGCUAUGUCGUCUCAGCCGUGGAGCCUGAGGACCACAUCAGCCGCAAGUACGCCUUCAAGGCCAACCACACGGGCAUGCGCUCGUACAUUUACAACCGGAGCACUGUGAUUGACUCGCAGGCGGAGCACGGCGGCAUGCGGACGUACUUCUUCAGCGCCGACACGCAGGAGGACGUGAACGGCUGGGUGAAGGCCAUGAACCAGGCGGCGCUGAUGCAGAACCAAACCGACAGCCUCAAGAGGCCGUCGGAAACAUCGGAGAAAUCGGAAAUGCCCAAUACGUCGGAACGCAAGGGGUUCCCCCAAACCAACCACGUCGACAACUACACAAAGACCUCACGCGAACCCCGAGCCGACCCCCAUCUCCAUAGCGAUGGAGUGGUCCUCGAACCUGCUGAUAUCCGAGAAACCGAGGAGCGCCGUAGCUUCCGGAACGACCCACUCAAUCCCAUCACUUCCAAGAUUCCUUCCCUCGGUGGCGGAAGCGUGGAAAUUGAAAUGGACGCCGUCCCUCCAAACAGUCUCCCUCCCCUUCCCUCCCUAACUCCUGACUCCACCUCCGCACCCACAUCCGCGCCCCCGUCCAGGGUGCCAUCGCGCGCCCCGUCGCGCGGCGCCUUCACCCUGCCCCCCGGGGCCUGUCUGAGGAACGGGACACCCACUCCAGAACCCAACGGGAUGGGGACGGGGACAUACCAGAGGGCCACGCUGACCCCCCAGGUGGUUGACACUCAAAGGCAGGUGCAGAGGAGGAGCGCCCUGGAGCAGGUGGAGCACUGGGUCAAGGUGCAGAAGGCCGAGCACAAAGGCCCCUCCUCAAGAGGGGGCACCCUCCCCCGUCACAGCCCCCCGACCGCCGCGCGCCAAGGGGAGUACAAAUACGCACAGGACCGCCUCAGCCACUUCCGACUCGGACCCUCAGACCCCCAGGGUACCGGCGCCAGGGACGGGGGUGGAAUCGGUGGGCCUGGCACCGUGUGGCAGCUCUACGAGUGGCAGCAGCGCCACCAGUUCCGCCACGGCAGUCCCACUGCCCCCCUCUACACACCUGCCCCGGACUAUCCCUUCGGGCCCAGGCCCCCCUCCACGGUGCCCCCCUCGGCCCCGCGACCCAGUUCUGAGGUUCCCCGCUGUGUGUCGGUGCCCCCAGACCCCUCCGAUAUCCUCCCACCGGGCCCCCAGAGCUCCAGGGCCCUGUCCCCGCCACGGAGGCCCCACACACCCGCUAACCGGGUGGUGGUAAUGCCCCAGGGGGGGAGAGAUGCACUGGACAUGCCGGUGGCUGGGUCCCCACGAAGAGCCAAGUCUCAACUACUCAAGGCUGCCACCAUCGAGAGACGGUCCAUGCCUCCCUCCAACUACAUCACACACACGGUCAGCGCGCCCAGCCUUCACGGGAAAACGGUUGACGAUACGUACAUGCAACUGAAGAAAGACCUGGAGUAUCUAGACUUGAAGGUGGUUGGAAGUCAGACGUUGAAAGAAGCAACGAGACCCGUCAGAGUAGCCGAGAGUGACGUGGAUGUGAAACUCAGCCGGUUAUGUGAGCAGGACAAGACCCUGAAGGAACUGGAGGUCCGGAUCUGCUCACUAAAGGAGGAUAAGGACAAGCUGGAGUCGGUGCUGGACGUGUCCCACCAACAGAUGGAGCUGUACAGAGACCAGGCAGCCCACCUGGAGAAGAUAGCCUACCAGCAGAGACUCCUACAGGAGGACGUGGUGCACAUCAGGGCCGAGAUCUCCAGCGCGUCCACGGAGAUGGCCCGGGCCUGGGAGGACUACAGCAGGCUGGAGAGCUCUGUGGAGCAGUUGAGGGCCGUGCUAGAGGCACACAUGAACCACAGCGCCACCCCUCAGCAGGAGAAAGCCGAGAUAAAGCGGGAGCUGUGGAGGAUAGAGGACGUGAUGGCAGGACUGAGCUCCAGCAAAGCCAACUACAAGAUCACAAUCGACUCAGUGCAGAACCCAGAGAGGAAACUAGUGGCUUCAGUGCCGGACCCUGCAGUGCCUUCGCAGAGCGCGACGCCCCCCGUAGGGGAGGUUAGGCCCCCUCCUCGCAGCUCCUACACGCUGCCUCACAACCCCGUGCCAAAAUGGGCAGAAGAUGAGGCUCCUCCCAGACCACCCCUGCCCUGCCUCUACGAUUAUGAAGACCCGCCCCCCGCCAUCCCACCCCUCCCCAAAGAGGCGUCGGUGGUAGUACGACACACGUCGGUUCGCGGGCUCAAGCGCCAGUCGGACGAGAGGAAGAGGGACCGAGAGAGCGGAGGGUGUGUCAACGGGGACUUUAAAGUGGAGCUGCGGUCAUACCUGAGUGAACCAGAACUGCCAGGGACGGGCCAGAGCAGCACAGGGUCUGAGGGGGACUACCAGACCCUCCCAAACAAAGGUCUGUCGGGCUCAUCGCCGAGGCUGAACCAGUCCAGUAACAUCUCCUCCUACGUGACCCUGAGGAAGGGGGGCGGCUGCCUCUGCAGAGAGGGUGAGUCACCAAACAGAGCCUGCUCUGGUCGAAAGGACCACCCCUCCGUUGGCGACUUCUGGCUGUCAGAGGCUCGACAAAACCUACCGGUCAAACCUACCGGCCUUUACACAUACACUACAAACACCACCGAGCUGUGGAGCGAGAGACCCAAGAGUGCUUUGGAGCAGCUGUACUCCUCUGGCCAGCAGCCCCAGCCUCUGGCCCAGGCCCCCCGGGGCCGCAUGAGCGCAGAGGAGCAGCUGGAGCGCAUGAAGAGGCACCAGAGGGCCCUGGUGCGCGAGCGCAAGAGGAACCUCAGCCAGGGAGAACGCCACUCCAACACUGCUCAUCGUACCUCCUCCUCCACCAGGGCUCUCUCCUCCACUGACCUGGGCUCAUGGAGGCGAGAGCAGCAGGACUUUGAUUUGCAGCUGGUGCAGAAAGCUCAGGUGGAAGAGCGACAGGUUGCCGAGGGCCAGAGCGACGAGGGGCGGAGCGAGCUGAAGGAAAGGGAGAGGAUCCAAUCAGACGAGUGGCUCUCGGUGAUGGCCAUGCCCACGAUUGCCACACCCAUGAGGGAGACGGACAUGGAGCCCCUCGACUAUGACCUGGAUCUCAGUCGUGAGCUUUCCAAGCCCCAAAAGGUGUCUAUCCCAGAGCGCUAUGUGGAGUCGGACCCCGAGGAGCCUCUGAGUCAGGAGGAGAUGGAGGAUCGUCAACGCAGAGCAAAACGCGUCAAAAACAUCCUGGCCAAAUACAAUUUUCAGAACAUACACCCGUCGUCUGGCGCGUCUGUCCCACUGAACUUCACUGAUUUGGACAUCGCCAUGCAGCAGCAGGAGAGGAUCAUGACUGUGUCCCACGCCUUGGCCUCGGAAGCCUCCGUUAAGAGCAAGCAGUUCACAGCCAAAGCUCAGCUGAGCUCUGACUGACCGUUGACUCAGACGCCAAGGCACCAACAGGACCUCCGUGUGGAUGAAAAUUGUUUGGAGUUCACUGACAAAAGUGAAGUGAUUUUGUAUUAGGCUUUUUAUUAGAGCUAAAACGAGAUGUUUUGAAGAACCAAAAAGAGUUAUUUGAAACUACACUGCGUGUACCUAAUGUUAAGGUUUAAUUGGAGUUGUUUUUACAUGCUUUUGCACUUUUAUCGCGUGUUGUGUGAAAUUAUUAACACCUACUAGUUUUUGCAAUAGAGUAAUUAGCUGUUUUUUUUUGCAGUGUGGUCUAUUUUCAACAGAAAUGUAAGUUCAAAGCAAUGUUUUCUAAGGUCACAGAUAGGGAAAUGUAUUUAUUUUGAGUAAUUAAAGAAUCUUGCACCAAAUAACUUUUUGUAGCUCAGCAAUGCCACCUAAUGCUUUGGCCAAUCAACUGUAUCAUUUAAAAAGGAAAGAAACAUACUGGUGUUUUAUUGAAAUAAAGGUUUUAACAAAA